AUGGCUGCCAUCUUCGACUUUGGUGGCCGGAACCUGGUCAACCUCUACGAGACUGUCAUGACCAGAGACCAUGUCUUUGCAUACCUCGACUCGGUCAUCGCGAAUGGCGGAGGUUUCAACCCCCCCAUCCAGGACAACGUGCGCGCUGACCUCCAGACCAUCCGGGACCAGAUCGCACUUCUCAGCCUCCCAAACGGUGCCGAAUACUCCGGCAACGCCACCCUAAGACCCAACCAACACCUCCGCCGAAGCCUCAACGCCGGCUGGAACGCCCAGCCCCGCACCGCCCCUUCCAAAUUCGACCUCCUCGUCCAGGAUGCCCACUUCUGGCGCAAACAACGCCCCGACGGCCACGAACUCCCCUACUGGUCCCCCUACGACCUCCUAGGCUUAUUCCUUUCCAAAAUGGGCCCCGCCCCGAACCACGGUACCGCCAACCGAGACAACUUCUACAUCCCCCUCGUCGCCGUCUACGCCCGGUUCUGCAUGCUGAUCGCGGGCAACAAGCGGCCCGCGCUGACGACGGACCCCGCGCGGGCUAAUAGGCGCACGCGCGGCGCGGGGGAUGCGUCGACGUAUUAUCAGUGUACGUGGGAGCCGUGGUCGGGGCAGUUUUUUUUGGGCGCGGUGUUGGCGGGGUAUAAGUGGGAGGUGGAGGAUGGUGUGGGGACGUGGAAGCCGGUCGUGAGGGAGACGAGGCAUGAUUUAUUGAAUGGGUUUCAUGGCUUUCCGGGGCAGUGGCAGGUGUGGACGCGGAGUCCGACGAAUGAUAGGGAUGGGAGGGAUACGGUGUUUGGGAACUGUGCGGAGACGUUUCCGUUUUUGGAGAUGCUUGCACCGCACUACAACGCCACUGAAAGAGCUCGAAUGUGCGGCCGGGCCCUGCACCGCAAUUUCUCCUCCAUAGCCCAGUACAAUCAUGGCGCGAUCACGGGGUGGUGCGACUCACCCUGCCUCAACUGCAAGCAGCUCCUCAACUGGGCUGGCGUGGCCCCGCCGUACAGGAACUUUACUACACCGAGACAACGCCGAGGCAGGGGGGGAGGUAGGGGAGGAGGGGGAGGAGGUAGGGGAGGAGGGGGAGGGGGCAGGGGGAUGUAG